GGCCUGAUACAAUAAGUGUGACACAGAAGCAAUUUGAAGGUGUCGCAUAUGAGGGUUAGGCUCAGGAAAUAAUAGCCGGGAAUUUAUUGUGGAGCUUGUAAAAUUAGAUCUUUACUUCCAUUGGCAGGUGUGUGAAUAAACUAGAAGAAAAAGUAAAAGGGACAGCAGACGGACAGUUUAAUGUGUGUCUAAGUAAAGUGGAAUGAAUAACCUUUACUCAACGUCACCAUGGUGAUCAGUGGGCUGGUCUGGUACUGUGCAGCUCUCUGGGACAAGAGAUAGGAGCAUAAGGAGCCUGUGACAUUUAUCCCCUCCCCUCUCCUUCACAUUCCCAAAGCGAACCCAGGCAAAGGAGUGACAAACUCUCACUAUAUUGAAAUAGAGCCUAUGUGAAAUAGCGGCUUAAGGAAAAAUUGCUAGAGAAACACUACGACUGCUACUAUAAAAAAGUCACAAAAGUCUAUCUUAGUUGAGUUAAAAUUGGCCCAGAGGCUCAAAUAGUGUUACCGGAGUGCUGAAGGAUGGCUUGCUCUGCUGUGCCCAGUGGACUAUGAUUUACUUACUGGACAGUUUAUAUGGAUGUAGAAAGUCUGUACCCGAACCAUGACUUUUUGAAAACUCACUUUGCACCAACCCGGCACUGAAAUCCUGAAAUAAAACCACUCCUGACAAUUGAUGGCUUGUCCUUGCCAAUAUCACUCGGAGAGAUCACUGUCCAUGCUCCUGUGUCCGGAGCCCACUCAUGUGAAGGCUGCGUUGGAAGUUCUGAGUAGGUCUGCUCAGGAGAGCAGAAAGCAGCUGGUGGUGGAGAUACUGAAGGAUCCUAAGAGAGAGCGCUACAUCAGGACACUAGAAUAUUUACUCAGCUCCACAGACUCGUGGCUUUGCAGUACCGCAGCCUAUCUUCUUGGAGUCCUGGUGGAGAGAGAGGAGGUUGUGCAGCAGCUCAAGGACAAGGCUCCAAAGGGCAGCAACAGCCUUGUUGGGACUCUAGGGAAGCUCCUAACCAGACAUGAUCCAGACAUUGUGAUGAAUGCUGCUGGUGCUUUAGCCUCUUUGGUAAUAGAGUGUGUGUGUGUGUCUGUGUGUAAAAGAGAGUGUGUGGGGCAGCCUUACCAGUGACCCUCCCUGUCUUGAAUCAUCCCUCUCUCUCAGGUUGAGAGCUCGGCUGGACGUGGGUGGCUACAGAGAGACCAGGCUGUGUUUGGUCAGCUCUUGACCAGCCUGUUGACCCUGCUGGACCACGGACCGGAGAGCAUGGUGAACUCUGCUGCCCUGAUCCUGGCCAGGCUGUCCCUGUGUGAUGUAGCCUGCCAAGGCCUGUUACGCCACCCCUCAGCCCCCAGCACCUUGGGCUGCCUGGUACAAUGCCUGGCACACAGCCAUACAGACACGGCUAUGAAUGCAGCCUUUGCUUUGGGUCGUCUGUGUGGAAGUGAAAGAGGCAGGAGUCUCAUUCUGACAUUUGCGCCAGAGUACCAACUGGUUCACAGUCUGCAAGCCCUCAUGAGUGAGGUGGCAGGGCCAGAGGCAGGACAGACAGCCUGUUUUGCAUUGAGUUGCCUAGUAACAGAAGAAGAUGGACACGCUCUGGUGCUGGGUAGCCCAUCCCUUCCCAGCCUUCUUGAUGCUCUUCUCUACCGCUUACAAACAGAAGACCAGGACAGUGCCUGGUUUGCUGCCAUGGCAGUGAAAGUGUUCGUGUCACGACCGGCAGGAGUGUUACACGUGCGAGAGCACAGGUCUCUGAGGGAGCGACUGAAGUCUCUCUCUAGCUCUCCCUCCAUUGGCAAGGAUCUCAGGGAGGAAGUGACCUCAUGUCUUAGGAAGCUGGAGCCACUUGUUAAGCCAUUGCCCCCGACAACUAGGCGCCUCCCAUCUGGGGCCUGCACUGUGUCAUGGGAGAAGUGUUUCCCUGAGAGUGGCCUAGAGGUCACUUACAGCCUUCUGGACAGAGAGAUAGUUCUGUAUCGUGGAACCCAAUGUCACGUGACUUUACCGGUAUCAGUCCUCAAACCUGGUCAUGAGUUCUCACUCCGACUGAUCCACUCUUCCGCUGAUGGAGACACCAGCCCCUGCAGCGAGCCUGUGCUAUUGGUCAUAGAAUCAGAGGAGACGGGGACAAGGCCUGGUCCUCCACAGAAGCUGCGCGUGAUUGGAUGCACAGCCUCUCAUGUGCGACUGAGUUGGGUUGCGCCGGCGGGUGAGCUGAAGCCCCAGGUGUAUCAGCUGUAUCGUGGGGAAACACUACUAGAUACCACAACAGAGCUGAGGGCUGUAGUGGGUGGUCUGUCCCCGGGAACCAUUUUCCAGCUGGGUGUGUGCGCAGUGGGGCCAGGGGAAGAGGUGGGCCCCUGUGCGGAGGUGGAGGUUCGUACAGCCAAGGACCAGGACCACGCACCCAGCGGCCUGACCAUGGUGGUGCUGGGCAGGCAUGAGCUGCAGAUCAUGUGGGGGGCUCCCCUGGUGCCCCUGGGUCGCCUGUUCAACUAUGAGCUGAGGCUGAACGAUUGCGUGGCUUACUUGGGCACGGCGUGUGCUCACACUGCCCGCCGUCUGGCCGCCAACACGGCCUACACCUGUACUGUAACGGCCAUCACCACCAGAGGGCGCUCUCAGAGCCGGUCCGUCACUAAGAGGACCGCUCGCGACGAGUACCCGUACACACAGAGGUGUCUGUACUCCUCCAGCCGUCAGCCUCCUCCUAAGAUUCCUUCAUCACCAACAGAGGUCAGACGAAAGGUCACAGAGAUCGGGGAAAAGGCCAAGAAACCCCACUCUGCACACGACCAUCUGACCAAGGUCCAUCUGUCCAGCAGGCAAUACAGAGGGCCUGAUCACGACAGAGAGAGACACAGGCAACCUUUGGUCUCCACUUCAUCUGCUGGCUGUGAAAGCAGCAAAAUGGAAUCAUCUGAGAUGAUGACCAUGGGGCUGGUGAAUGGAUAUGAUGCAAAGGCCUUAUGGAGGAGAGCCAAAGAGAGGGCAGGAGUAUCUGUCUUCCCUGCUGGGCUUCCAGUCCGGCCCCUGCUCCAUCUCCAGGCUAAGACUGAGGAAAACCUGCUUGAGAGGCAGUCCCACCGUGGCCUGGACCAGCAUUUAGACCCUUCAUGCCUCAGGGCCCAAAUAAGCCCAUGGAUGCUUCUCCAGUGGAGUGCUCUCAGAAGAGGACCUAGAGACAGAGGAAAACUCCCCUGUAUCCCCCAUCAUAUAGAUGCAGUGAAGUUAGUCCAUCCCAUUCCUCCCUCCUACCCACAACUGGACUGGACAGGAAACUAUAAAGACAAGCUGCUGAGAGACCGGACAAGGCUUUUGACAGGACCAAGAGUGCAGAGCGAAAUCCGAGGAAGACAUCCCCUAACAACAAACUGGACCAAGCUAAGCUGAUAAUGAUCCGUAGAGGAAAGCAUGGGUUUACACGGAAAAAUCUAAAACAAGCAGAGAAUGGUGCUUCUUCAGAGAAUGGUGCUGCUUCAGAGAAUGGGUUUUGGGGGCUCGUCUCAAUACCAGUGAUUUUCAUAAAGACUGUGUGAAUGGAAAAAUGUAAUAAUCAACUGUUACAGGCUUGUUAUUCAGUAUUAAUGCCCGUAAUUCCAUUUUUUUUAAAUGUUUUGUUUAUUUUGAUGCCCAUGUUUGUUUCAAAUCACUGAUGUUAAAUGAGUGAAUCUCAAAUCAUAGAUCCUCAUUUUUGCAUCAAUCAUAUGGUUAAAGAAGUAUUACUCAGCAGAAAAUAAACUAUCCCACCAAACAAAAUAUUUUUCUGUCCCCAAAAUAGAGUACAGUAAUGUAUCUCUCUCUUUACUCCUUCAACCUUUAUGCAACAUAUUGGUGGCCGCUGCAGCUCAGCUCAGAAGACACACAUUCUGUUUUGAAAUGUAAAACUGGAUGAUGGAAUGUAUUUUUUUCUGACGUUAUUGUCAGAUUAUCCAGCCUCGUCAUUAUUUUACUAGUGUAGUUGUACCUGUGUUGUUAACAGAGACAUUUUUAGAGGACAUAUUCAACAUCAAGCAAUCAUCUCAAAUUGGGUUGCACAUUUUUGGGGGAAUAUACAGAGGUGGAAACUUUCCGUGGGAAUUAACGGGAAUAUAUGGGAAUGAACUGAAA